AUGCGGGCCCCGCUGCUCGGGCAGGCUGCGGUGUUUGCGGCCCUGUUGGCGCUGAGCACCUGCUUGACAGGAUCUCAUCCGUGCCCUCGGAGUUUAGACUGUGCCCGGGCAGGACGCCACUUCUGCCAGCCGGGCAGCUCACACUGCGGCCCGUGCCUACACCCUCUGGUGGAGAACUCCCGGGGCCGCUGUGUGGUCAAGAGGAGACAUGCUCCUCACACUGCUCAGUCCAAUAAAGGAAAGGUGACCGCCUACCCUGAACUGGAUGAGGAGAUCGAUUUCCUGUCUGCCAUCAUCAGUGAACAGAGAACUGAGUCCAGGCUGCCCGCAGCUCCACACUUCCAGGAUGUCUCUCAAGCUAAGCAGCUCAGCGUGCCAAUAUCUACCACAGGGCAGCCCACGAGCCAGAGCAUCCAGUUCACCAGCGUGGCUCCACCCACCACCACCACAAACCACACCCCUGCAAUGCUCAGCGAUCCCAUCAUCCUUCCCUACCCCUCGAAUGACCAUAUCUUCCUCAUCAUGAGCAGUGUCUUCAUUGUUGCUGGUUCGCUGGCUUUGAUCGUAGCUGGAGCCUGUUGGGUCAGACUGCAGAAAGGUGUACGUCUAACUCAGAAGAUGGACUACCCUGUAUAUGGACUGAUGAGAGCCCAAACCUUUGACAGUCUGCCUGGGGACAAGAAGCUGGCCCACAGUGCCCAAAUGUACCACUACCAGCACCAGAAGCAGCAGAUGCUCUCCCUGGAGAAACACAGGGAUGACCCAAAGGUUCCUGACUCAGGAGCGUCGACAGACGAGGAGAACGAGGAAGGAGAUUUCACAGUGUACGAGUGUCCUGGAUUGGCACCUACAGGGGAAAUGGAGGUGAAGAACCCGCUCUUUGACGACUCCACCCUUUACUUUCAGAGGUUCCACAAGUAAACCUGGACAUUGAGAUGUUUCACACUCCAAAUGCAGCACUUGUGUGUACAAGUAGUUCAAUAUACACACAUACACAUACUCCACAUACACUCCUGUGCUCAGUCCAGCAUUUUAAUUGGCUGGGUAGAGAGUGUAAGGUUCAAUGGAGGAGGAAGAGGAUGAGGAGUGAGGUGUUCAUGGACGUUUAAAGGACAGGGCUGAUUUCUUGUUUGAUGCAGGAAUGAAUCUGGGACCAAAUUCUCCCAUUCUACAGCCAUCUGUUCUUUUUUAUGUCGUCACUCUUUUUUCAUAUUAUUGCUCACAAAACAACAAUCUGCUAAUAUGUAAGAACUCAAACUGACCUCUUUCAGGUAGUGGACAAGCAUAUUCAAUAUAAUAUCCUGUGUUAAUAGAGCAGAGUCCUGUACAAGGACAGCUUUCUGAUGCCACUGAGGUACCACUAAGUAUUUCUAUCAGUUCAUUGAUAGGUCUUCAUGGAUAACCAUGUUUAUGAAUGAGUAAAUAGUCCUUUAUUCAGUGAGUUCUAAUUGCAGGUUUUGGUGUCA